AUGGCUGUCAUCGGUUCGGGUCCGGCAGGCUUCUACACGGCUUACCGGGUCAUGACGAGGAUCCAAGACGCCAGAGUCGACAUGUAUGAGGCGUUGCCCGUACCAUAUGGGCUUGUGAGGUUCGGCGUUGCACCAGACCAUCCGGAGGUGAAGAACUGCCAAGAGAAGUUUGAAGAGGUUGCCUCUUCCCCCAACUUCACCUUCAUCGGCAACGUUUCGGUUGGCACGCCCACCGACCAUCCAGAUGGCUGCACUGUGCCCCUGGCCAGCAUCCUUCGCCACUACAAUGCUGUGGUCUUUUCCUAUGGCGCUGCCAAGGACCGGACACUCGGUAUUCCUGGAGAAGAUACGCUCAAGGGCGUGCACUCGGCCCGUGAGUUUGUCGGUUGGUACAACGGUCUGCCUGAGCAUGCCGACCUCAACCCGGACCUUAUCGAAGGCGAGGAGGCUGUUAUCAUCGGACAGGGCAACGUCGCCUUGGACGUAGCCCGAAUGCUGCUCGAGGAUAUCGAUGUGCUCCGCAAGUCUGACAUCGCCGAGCAUGCCAUCGAAACAUUGUCCAAGAGCCGGGUGAAGCGCGUGCACAUUGUUGGCCGUCGCGGGCCGAUGCAGGCCGCCUUCACCAUCAAGGAAAUUCGCGAGCUCAUGCGCCUGCCUUCUGUCGCUUUCCAUCCCAUCGACUCCUCUUUGAUCCCCGAGGAUCUCAAGUCCCUUCCUCGUGCUCGCCUUCGACUCAUGGAUAUCCUCCUCAAAGGCUCCCCAUCAUCUCCUGAGAGCCCUGAGGCUAAAAAGUCCUGGUCACUCGACUUUUUACUAUCUCCUCAGGCCUUUAUCCCCGCCGAAACCGAUCCUUCGCGUGUCGGCGCAACAUCGUUCCAGCGCACAGCCCUCUCUCCAUCCCCCUUUGACCCAAAUGCCUACACCCUGCCUGCCACGCCAGAACAAAUAGUGACCAUCCCCUCGUCCAUUGCCUUCCGCUCGAUCGGCUACAAGUCGACUCCGAUGCCCGAGUUCUCAUCGCUCGGAAUUCCAUUCAACGAUCGCUGGGGCGUCAUCAGCAAUGACGGCCAAGGUCGUGUGGCUCAUGAGGAGCGCACGAAAGAUGCAGCUAUGACGAUGGGGCGGUUCCCGGGGUUAUAUUGUGCUGGAUGGGUGAAAAGGGGUCCGACUGGUGUCAUUGCCAGCACCAUGGAGGAUGCGUUUGGCACGGCAGACGCGAUCGCUGCGGACUGGGGCGAUAGUAGGAUAGAGUUCCUCAAUGAUGGGGCAGACAAGGUUGCGGGAUGGGAUGGGGUCAAAAGUGAGGUUUCCGAGCUGUCAGGAAAAAUUGUCGUGGAUUGGGAAGGUUGGAGAAGGAUUGACCAGGCCGAAAGAGAAAGAGGAAAAGAAAAGGGAAAGGAGAGGGAGAAGUUUGUGAGGACACAGGACAUGUUGGCCGUGGUGGGAUGA